AACUAUUGCUACUUAUACCGAAGUGAUUUAACGCCUUUCAAGUGCUGAAGUGAUUUCGUUUCUUCUAAGGUUACUUGCGUCAUUUUUGAAAGCGCGAUUAAUACGAUUGGCAGGCAAGAGUAGCGCGCGCUAUUGAGUCUCAGAAAAAAAACUGUAGUAAGCCACCUUAAUAGAAAACCGUGGGUCUGUUUGGGAAGAAGAUUUUUUAGAAAGUGGAAGGGUCUAUUUUUAGUUCUCUUUUAUUAUUGAUUUGUAGCUUCAGAUUCUGAACUCGUUUCUGCCAAAACUGGACCGUUUGUGCCAAAACUUCUGAGCAUAUCUCGUGAGUAGAGACAGUUUUCAUCAAUCACCUCCCUUUUCACCAAUCACUGCCCCGUCUGAAGACACUUACCUCGUAACGCUGAAAAAUGGGAAGAAAGAAAAGCAAAAGUCAUCCGUGUUGCCUUUGAAAUAAAAACUGUUUCUUAACAGCCAUACUUACCUAACCUGAGCUGAAGGAGAAGUUUGAAAGAUGAAAAAGAAAAAGACGGAAAAUUAUCAGUACGGAUAUAUCGUUAUUCCUGUAUGAAAUUGGAGUUUUCGCCAUUUUUCGUAAUUUUGGCUAGUUUCUUACAAUUCUAUUUCCUACUCUUGGUUCACAUGUGGAACGGUCUAAUAUUAGUCCUUUUUGAUUCUUUACUUGUAGCUUCGGAUGCUGAACACGUUUCUGGCAGAACAAGCCCAAAAACAAGCUCGUCUGAAACUGCAACGGGUCGAAAAAAACACGCAGACCAAAGACAUUGCGAUCCAACACACGAGAUCCCCUCGAACAGUGGAGGUAGCAGUUCAGACCGAUAUUCCAGACAUCAUGGAGGACCUGCGAGAUCAAGUAAAAAGCCUUACAAAAAUUGUUGCAGAGCUGACCGAGAUGAAGGCUAGAGAAAAGAUACCCAGUCUACCGGUGUUGAGCGACUCGGAUCUCACGUUCAUCAAUCAGGACGAUGUCGACGUCGUUGAGGAAACACCUCCUCAAGCUCCUCCCGCUGCCAUCACUUCACCUAUUAUUGUGCCAGAACCCCAAGUUCCUCAGCCACUUUCCGCUCCGUUAUCACCCCCCACCUAUCCUCCACCUCAGAUUCGGUCUCCUUUGUCCACCAUCGAUAGAAAUUCACAUGUCUUCCGCAGCAUCCCGAGUCUUGGACCUUCAGACCAGCAGAAGCAGAAAGUGGAGGCCAUCGUCGUCUUUGGCAAAGAAAUGAUAUCCUCUGCCAUGGCGUGCAUCGACACAUUAUUCUCUGACGAAGAGCUGGCUAAUAGCAACACUACAAAAGCAGUAUACUUGUCAGUGAUAGCUUUUUUUUCUGUAAACUAUUAUGUGAAGUCAACGGUAGAAGCCUUCCAUGUCCGAAAGUAGACUACGGACGCAAUUCAUUUUGUAAUCAGUACAAUUUCAGCAAUAGCUUUCUUGCACUGUUGGGUAGUUUUAAAAGCGUGUCAUGUGAGAAAAAGAACUGUUUAAUUAACGUAGACUACAAAACAAGUGAUUUUUUAAACAGUAUACUUGUCAGCGAUAGUUUUUUUUUCUUUAAAAUAUCGUGUGAAGUCAUCAAUAGAAGCAUUUCAUGUACGAAAGUAGACUAUUGACCCAAUUCAUUUUGUAAUGAGUACACUUGACAGCAAUAGCUUUUUUAAACUGUUGUGCUUAAAAGCGUGCCAUGUAAGAAAAUAAAGUAGAAUUUUGCUAAAUAUAACUGCUUUGUAUCGAGAAGAGUGCCGGGAGGUGGGAAUACCAUAAUUUUAGUAUAGUGAGUACUGUUGAAACUGUCUAAAGGAACACUAAAAUAAUUAAUUUAUAGUUUUGACCAUCAAAACUCAAAACGUUUGAGUAUAUCUCGUGAGUAGACUGUUUUCACAAAUCACUUCCCUUUUCACCAAUCACUGCCCAGUCUGAAGGCAACUACCUCGUAACGCUAAAAAAGGGGAAAAAAGAAAAUCUCAAGUCAUCCGUGUUUACUCUGAAAUAAAAACUAUUUCUUAACAGCCAUACUUACCUAACCUGAGCGGAAGGAGAAGUUUGAAAGAAGAAAAAGAAAAAGACGAAAAACUAUCAGUACUGAUAAGUCAUUAUUCCUGCAUGAAAUUGGAGUUUUUGCAAUAUUUUGGCUAUUUUCUUACUAUUCUAUUUCCUACUCUUG